CCGGGGUAUUCGUCUCGAUCAAUCUCGUCGAACUUCGACACACCGUUGUCUGCAUUCGAUUCAUUGACUCUUUCAGCCGAGUGAAUGCCUUCCAUGGGUGCAGACAAAUAUCUACGGUCUUACCCUUCCAAUCUGUAGCACUGUGUUCAAAUUUGAAUAUCCGGACGGUCGUGUGCUGGGUUGCCUUCUAGCUCCACCACUGUCAACACAUCGAACUGCUCCUCUGAGGUGCUUCGGAGGUACAGACCGACAAAUGUCAUUUCGUCUGUGACCUCUUUAGAGUUGAUUCAACAUAUUUUCUCUUUCCUUCAUCCAUUCGGCCAUGGUCUCCGUCGCCACUAUUCCACAACCACCGGCGCUUACAGCCACCCCCUCCAUGAAGCCAUCAAAGAUGCUACCAUCGUCUCCCGUAUCUAUCCUCAAAACCUCCAAGCCCACGGGCACGAAACGCAAAAUGGCGGACCUCGACCGCAGUCUGUCUCCCGCCUCCUCCGUGUCGGACAUCGACGACGCCCCGCCCGCAAAGAAGCGUGCCCGCGUCACGUUCAACGAGAACAUCCAGACGCACUCCUGGAAUCAAAACGAUCCGGCAACUCAAACUGGGAUGAGUGUGGCGAUGGUUCGGGAGGAGAUCCGUCGGGCUAUCCACCGCCAUGUUUCAUCCGGGGAAAGCGAGGCCUAUGACCAGAUCAAGGAGAUCUUCACUGCCGACCCGAAGAAGGCUGCCGACACUGUCUACUCAUACGACCUUCCGACACACACCUCGUUGAAGAACCAUCUGUUCGGUCUACUUUCUCACAUCGCUUCGCUGGACCGUGGCUGUAGCAGCCUUGUCCACGCCGUCCUGGAGAGCGAGUGGCUUGGUCGGGAUGAAGCCUACGUGAAGCUCUUCAUCAGGUUCCUCGGAAACCUUGCCGCCGCUCAAGGUACCUACCUCGGUGUCAUUUUCAAGAUGCUCGUCAGUAAGCUCGCUGGCGUCGCUCGUGGUACUGGUAGCCUCCCUGGCUAUCCUGUGGUCCCGGUUUCUGAAAUUUACGCUCGCAUUCACAUGGCCUUGCGUCACAUUGUCCGUCUGAUUCCGGCUGGUAGUGGAACUCUGUCGCCAAUUCUAUCUCAUACAUUCCCAUACGAAGCGGACCCUCCAAAGUCUUAUAUCGCCUAUACCCGAAACCUCAUCCAGAUUAUCGCAUACGCUCCCGAGCUCCAGUCCGAUAUCCUCGCCUUGAUCACCGAAAAGUUGGUCAAGAUCGAUGUUCAGAUCCAGGUUGAUUUGGAAGAUUUCGAGGAUGAGCUAGGCGAGAACCUGCUGCAUGGUGUAUCGACCGACCCCGACGAAGAACUCGAUGACGAUGACGAUGCCUCAGUUUUGAGUGAAGACGAGACCGACGAGGAUCGAAGGGUUACCGAGAUCAAGGACAACAUACACAAAGUGGAUGGCAUGAUCGACAUUCUUUUCGAGUUUUAUAACUUGUCAUUCACGACGGGCACACUUGCCGACAAGCGAAACAGCCUGGACCUUAUUAUCAGCCACUUCCAAACCAUCAUCCUCCCAACUUACAAGUCCCGCCACUCGCAAUUCCUUCUCUUCCACUUCUCUCAGUUACACCCGGAUCUCCUCAGCAAGAUGACUACGUGCUUCUCGGAUUUGAUCUUCGGCAAAGUCCAGUCUGGAAUCAUCCGCCAAUCCGCAGCCGCCUACCUGGCCAGCUUCAUCGCCCGCGGUGCCCAUAUCCCUAGCAGCCUCGUUCGCAAAACUUUCAACGAAAUGAGUGCGCAGCUGGUCGAAAUGCACGACAAAUAUGACGCUACUUGUCGCGGUCCUGACCUCCGCCGUUACGGCUCGUUCUACGCCACCGCCCAGGCCGUGCUGUACAUCUUCUGCUUCCGCUGGCGCGAUCUGACGACUGCUUCUAUCGAUGGUGACAGCCCGCAGCAAGUGGACGAGCUGGAGCCCAGCCAAAUCGCCUUCCCGCCCAAUGUCAAGGAUACGCUGAGCAAAGUGAUCUAUUCGCGCCUGAACCCGCUCAAGAUCUGCUCCCCGGGUAUCGUCAACGAGUUUGCCCGUAUGGCAAUGGCCUGAUCACGGCCUAAUCUACUUGCUAUACAUAUGUUUUUUUUAGCGCGGCGCUCCGGUUUCGAUUUCGAUUUCGAUUUGACAUUUAUAUGUCUCCCCUUCUUUUUCAAAAGUUCGAUACCAGUCCUUUCUGUUAUGUCCUGAUGAUAUGAUAUCGUGCUUUUGAGCGUGCAUGGCAUCUUAUUGGAGCAUCAAUACUUUUGUGUUCCUUCUAGCUUACUUGAUGGUUAGUUUAUGACCUAUCAUUGUCAUAGCUUGGAAAAUGGGAAUUAUCUUUUCUAUGGAAUAAUUGCGUACGUAGGCUGCUGCUUCUUCGUUGAUGAAGCGGAGGGGGGACCGCGAAGAC